CGUAGAAUGAGCUUACGAGAUAAACUUGCUCCUUUUGGCAUGGAGAUGAAUGUUUUUGUUUCAUCAUAUUCGGUGGUUGAUGAGGCAGUUGCGUCACCCGGUUCCUGCCGCUUGCUUAACAUUUAGCUCCAUACAAAACCGGGAGCUGGGCUUUUGCCGAACUUUUACCCUGAGCGUUUUUGAAGCAGCUCUCAACUCCAUCUAACCGAAAAUCAACUGCAUCGCGAACUGCGCCCUGUUCGCCAUUGCAAUCCCUCAUGUUGCGAACUUCGCUUCAGUCUGUGAGGGCAUUUGGCGGCAGGCCCGUUGUGGCCGCUGCUGCCCGCCAAUGGCCCAUUGCGGCUACACGGCGUGCCGGCCUUGCUGGUCAGCGUUUCUACUCCGUCGAAAAGAAGUCCGAGCUCGAUCCCACUAAGCAACCUGUUUUGCCAGCUUCCCAAACGGUUACGUCCGAGAGAAUCCACGAGACCACCAUUGACGAUGUUGGCGAGACCAAGGCCGCUACCACAGACGUCCCUUUGACACCUCCUCCCCCUCCUCCUGCGCCUGCGCCUGCGCCUAUCAAGAAGAAGGGCUUCUUCCGAAGGCUCAAGAACUUUGUCUUCACCCUGCUUGUUCUUGGUGUCGUUGGUUUCGCUGGAGGUGUCUGGUACUCUCGCGUGAGCGACAACUUCCACGAUUUCUUCACCGAAUACGUCCCCUUUGGCGAGCAGGCUGUUCUCUACCUCGAGGAGAUGGACUACAAGAAACGGUUCCCUAACAUCACCGGCCGAUCAAAGACUCAAGCCACCGAGGAUGCUGUUCGAGUUCCUGCCCAAAGCGGCGCUUCCUGGAGAGUAGCCGAUGCAGGCCAAGCCGGACGUCACUCAAGUGCUGGCCCUGUUUCCGCCGCUGCUAAGAAGGCCGAGGAGGCUGUUAAACCCAAGCCCAAGGCUAAGGCUCCAGUCGAGGCCAAGCCUGUUGCGAAGGCGGUUGAGGAGCCUGCUCCUACCCCCAGGUCUGACUCCGGUUUCAAAGCACCAGAAGUGAAUGAGCCUUCUAAGUUCCCUCCUCUGAAGCCAAUCGACCUUCUAUCGCUCGAGGAUGCAAAGGAGCCUGUUGUUCAAGACCUCGUCCACAUGGUGAACGACCUCAUCCUAGUCAUCAACGCCGACAAUGCUCAUGGCAAGUAUGGCACCUCUGUUAGCAAGGCUAAGGAUGAGAUCGCCAAGGUUGGAGGCAAGCUUAAGGCCAUGAAGGGUGAGUUCGAGAAGAAGGCUGCCCAGCAAGUCAGAGAAAAGAUUGAGGAGUUCGACAAGGCUGCUACAGAUCUAAUCGAUCGUGUUGAGAACACCAUGAUCAGCCAGGAGAACCAAUGGCGACAAGACUUUGAGCAGGAGAUGAAGAAGGUCCGAGAAAACUAUGAGGACCGAGUUAAUGUGCUUCUUGAGCGUGAGAAGAAACUCAACGAGGAGAAACUCCAGAACCAGCUCGCGCAGCAGGCUUUGGCCCUUAAGAAGGAGUUUACCAAGGAUGUUGAGAAGCAAGUUGAGCAGGAGCGUGAGAGCCGACUAGGCAAGCUGAACGCUCUGUCGUCUGCCGUAUCAGACCUUGAGAAGCUUACCACAGGCUGGAACGAUGUUAUUGACACCAACCUCAAGACUCAGCAGCUGCACGUCGCCGUUGAGGCUGUCCGAGCCAGCUUGGAGGAUGACCACCACCCUCGCCCUUUUAUUCGCGAGCUCGUUGCUCUCCGAGAAAUCGCUUCCGAUGAUCCUGUUGUCAAUGCCGCCAUCGCCUCCGUUAACCCAUCCGCUUACCAACGCGGUAUCUCUACUACCUCCCAGCUGAUCGACCGUUUCCGUCGUGUCGCCAAUGAGGUCCGAAAGGCUUCAUUGUUACCCGAUGAGGCCGGUGUUGCCAGCCACGCUUCCAGCUGGGUUCUUAGCCACGUUAUGUUCAAGAAGCAAGGUCUUGCGGACGGUAACGAUGUUGAGAGCAUUCUCACCCGAACCCAAACGUACCUUGAGGAGGGUGAUCUGGAUUCUGCGGCGCGAGAAAUUAACGGCUUGGAUGGAUGGGCCAAGACCUUGAGUAAGGAUUGGCUCGGUGAGGUUCGCAAGGUGUUGGAGGUUCAGCAGGCUCUCGACGUGAUUGCCACAGAAGCCCGUCUUCAGAGUCUCCGUGUGGAUUAAACAAAAAAGGGAUGUCUCAUUUGUUGUGUAUAAUUGGACCCAGGCGCCGUCGUGUCUAGAGAGAGGCUGGAUAGCCGUGUAUUAGAUAGCAAUAGACGAUGAGGGCGUGGUUACCAUCUUUUGACUAUUUAUUAUUGCCGAUAUUAAUGCCUUGUUGCAUGAUUCCUCAUCAUUUGUUGAUUAACACAACACCAGAACUGAACAACUUGUUAAUAUCCAGUAGGAAGUCAAAAUUUUAGAGAUCGAAUUCGACAUUGUUGGCAGCGAAGAAUACUUGAUCGUUGACUUGUC